AUGGUGGGGGGGGGUGGGGAGCCAUGCGUAAGGUUGAGGUGGGUGGUUGUGCGAGCCAUGCUAGGGGGGGAGGGGUGGGGGGGGGUUGUUCGAGGCCAUGGCUUAUGGUGGGAGGGGGUGGGUGGUUCGAGCGCAUAUGCUAUGGGUGGAGGUGGGGGGUUUGGGUCGAGCCAUGCAUGUGGGGGAGGGGGUGGGGUGGGGUUCGCUGCCAUGGCUAAUUUGGGAGGUGUGUUUACCCCCCUGCACAUAGAUGUCAGACAUCUUCUCUCCUGUCAUGGAAAGCAUGCGUCCCUCGAGAAGAACGGGUCGUCAUGGGUCCAAGAACGGAUCACGCAGCUCCAAAGCUGGAUGCACGAGGCGUAG